AUGUGGGCCGGAGAGGCCUUCCAGUUGUGCCCAGACUUGGUGGUGAUGCCCUACGAGUUCGACUCCAUCAUGGAGACUGCUGAGCUAUUCUACAGGACUGUGCUUGACACCACUCCCUACGUGCAAGGCAUCUCGUGCGACGAGGUCUUCGCAGACGUCUCGCACCUUGCGCAGGAUGACGCAUUUUCAUGGCAGGCUCUCGCGCGGAAGAUCCGCGCUGACAUCUGGAGUCGAAGUGGAUGCGUUGCCUCGAUUGGCGUGGCCAAAAAUCGGCUGCUUGCCAGGCUGGCGACAAAGUUUGCAAAGCCCCGACCGGGAUGCAAGAAGUGUGGAAAAGCCGCGCUGGACAGUGCUGGCGAGGAAUCCGGGCUCCGCUUUUGCGAUGAGCACACAGGUAUCUUCCUGCUCGAGGAGAGCUCGGAGUGCCUGGCGACGCUUCCGGCGAGGGAGCUGCCGGGCGUGGGCCCGGAGAGUGAGAAGCAGCUCCAGAAAUCUGGAGUGCAGACAGUGGGCGACCUGCGAAAUGUUCCUUUGGCAAAGCUCCGGGAGCUCUUCGGCGAGAAGCAGGCGCAAUCUCUUUUUCGACUUUCUCGAGGCAUCGACGACCGGCCUUGGGAUCCGCGACCACCUCGGAAGUCUGUCGGCGCACAGAUCGCUUGGGGCGUCCGUUUCGAAGAUACCGAAGCUCUCCGAAGCUUCGUUGUGGAGCUGACCACAGAGGCGCUGCGCCGCCUGUCGCGCCAUGGGCGAAGGGGCAGCUCGCUCACGGUGAAGGUCUGGAAAGCCCGGCCAGAUGCCCCUCACUGCGGAGGCGUCGGCAGUGGGGGCUGUGACGUCCUCUCGCGCUCCGCGCAGUUCGCCACGGAUCCCGGCCUUGUUCCUGCAGUGGAGGCCGCAUGUGCAGAAGCCUGGAGGCUCUGCGAGAGCACCGGCGCAACACCGGCACAAGUUCGUGGGUUUGGGAUCCAUAUCGGUGGCCUAGAGAAGGCGCAGCCGAGUAUCCCUGCCCUCAUCGAGAGCAAAAAGCCACAAAGUCUGGAGAAAGUGAUCCUGCAUCUGGAUGUGGACUGCUUCUUCUUGGCCGUCCACGAGAAGUACGACCCAUCCUUGAAGGAAGCAGGACCACUCGUUCUGUGGCAGUACAACGACGUCAUUUGCAUUAGCCCCGAAGCAAAGGCCGCCGGAGUGAAGAAGCACAUGCGGCCAAGCGAGGCGCAGCCCCUCGUGGACAGCAUCGGCGGCCGCAUGGUGCACGCCUUCUCCAGGCGCUGGCCAGGUCCCCGCGUCUGGUAUGGCCCCUACCAGACCAUCAGCAGGGAGAUGUUCGCUCAUCUCCACAGGCUGCUGGCUGAGGAGCCGGGUGACUUUAUCCUGGAGCGGCUCAGCAUCGAUGAGGCCUUCCUGGACGCUUCAGGGGCGUUGGCAGGUGCAGAUCGCUUUAUGCAGGCAAAAAGCCUUGCUCAGAAGCUCGUCGCAGAGCUUCAAGCGACCAUCGGAGUCCGUGUCAGUGUCGGCAUCGCCCCCAACCGCCUGCUUGCAAAGCUGGGUUCCAUCGCAGCAAAGCCGCCCCGCGGGGACGGCAUCUGCAUUGUAGAAGGCCCCGAUUCCUGCGCUUCGCUGCUGGCUGCCACACCUGCCACGCGGCUGCCAGGCUGCGGGAGCCGUGGAGAGCAGCUGCAGGCUCUGAAUCUUCAAACCGCUGCGGAUCUGCAACGCUUGGGACGAAAGGAACUCCAGGAAGCCUUGGGUGUGUCAGCAGAGGUCGCAGAGCGCCUGGUGGCAAACUGUCGUGGUCAGGACGCCACACCUGUGCGAGCCGCCGACCCCAAGAAGAGCCUGGUCGUGACGUCCUGGCUAACUGAUGGAUCCUUGGAUGAGCUGGCGAUGAAGCAAGGUUCGACGAAGAGCGUCACCGUCGGGGAUGGCUGGGUCUUCGAUCCGCAGCUGGAGAAGGGGGUCACGAACUUGACGAGAGUUCGCUGGCUUCUCCUGGCUCUGAUCCUGGACUUGGAGGAGAGGGUCGUGCACGAAUUCCUCGAGCAUGGCCAGUUGCCCAGUAAGCUGACGGUGGCCUAUCAGGGCCCAGGAUGGAGGAAAGAGCCGGGUCCGGGGAGCACUGACGGCCGCAGCUGCAGCCGCAGCGUGGCCUUCCCAACCGCGGCCUUCGGAGGCUUAGAGCCACCAGAUGGCAAGGUGGAUGUGCAGAUUGACAUGGGCACGAACCAGAUGUGCGCACACGCGCCUGAGGCUGCUGCCAAGCCGGCCGCCUACAAGCACCCAGUGUAUGGCACGGAGUUCCUGACGCUCUCAGGUGCCUCGGCCGUUCUGGCCGACGGCCCGGAAGUGUUGGAGGGGAGGCGCGGCGCCCGAAUCGCGGCCCUGACGAAUGCCUGCUGCACGCUCAUCAGUGCUUGGGCAGCUGAACAGGCUGCCAAGGUACCGAUGGGCAAGCUUACCCUUACGGCCAGCGCCAUGCUGCAAGGAUCAGGAUCCAAAUCUCCGACAAGGAAGAGGCCAGUGCCUGGCCAGGCAACGCUGUCUGACUGUUUCAAGAGGACGAGGCUUCCCGAGCAGCCGAAGAAAACGCAGCCGCAGCAAGAGGCCUUAGCUGCCUUCGUGCAGCACAUUGCCGGGGCCCCAAGUGUCUUAGACUAUAGGCACGCUUCGACGCCGCCAUUCCCUCCUCCCCAUCGUGGCACCGCAAAGCGAGGGCAAGGCGCUCUCGUGCUCCGCGGACAAUCCACUCAGCCCGACAAAGAGGCUGCAAGGUUCCACCGGCGGCUCUCCGCCUCUUGUCCCGGCACCUGUGACCUCUUCGCCCUCUCACAAGCGGAUACGUGGGUGAGAGCGCCUACGAACAGACCCCUCGGUCUCUGCAGAGAAGAUAAAUGUAUACACUCUGUGAUCGCGGUUACCGAGCAGCAAAGGACCCCGAGGGAGCGCUUCUACAUCAUUCUGCUGGACCUGCGGCCGGUUGGCCGAUGGAUACAAUGGACUGCCGUUGAAGAUGGAGUGUUCGAUGCGGGCGAGUUUGUGGAGACCCUGCACAUCGACUACGUCGAAAACUAUGUCGUUGUGGUACAGGGAGGACGACAACAUGGACGGCAAGGAAUACUUCACGUCGAGGAUGGUGAAGUCUUGGAAGUGGUCCUCGUGCCCUCUUCCUCUUUGACCCCCUCGCCUACUUCGGGCUCCAGCAACAGCGACGGAGAAGGGGACGAUGAGGAUGGGACCUCCUCGGGCAGUGACUGCCUACCAAGCUCCUCCGAGGUGGCCCCCCACCAGGUCCGGGGCCUUUCGGCCCACCUCCGCCUCAGCCCGUAA